CUUGACACGUGCUCGAGUUAAGCAUGGCUGACAAAGUCCCUGAUAGAUUUGACUUUCCUAAGGAAGAAGAGAAGAUCCUGGAGCUAUGGAAGCGGCUGGAUGCCUUUCAGAACUGCUUGAAACAAUCCAAAGACAAGCCCAGGUACACUUUUUACGAUGGGCCUCCUUUUGCCACAGGUUUACCUCACUAUGGACACAUACUAGCUGGAACAAUAAAGGAUAUAGUAACACGUUAUGCUCAUCAGAGUGGGUUUCAUGUCGAGAGACGUUUUGGUUGGGAUUGUCAUGGUCUACCAGUUGAAUACGAGAUAGACAAGACGUUAGGCCUCAAGACCCCAGACGAUGUGACAAAGAUGGGCGUGGCCAAAUACAAUGCCGAGUGUCGUAAGAUCGUAAUGAGGUACUCUGAACAGUGGGAGGAAAUUGUGACCAGAAUGGGAAGAUGGAUUGACUUCAAGAACGAUUACAAGACCAUGUACCCUUGGUUCAUGGAGAGCAUAUGGUGGGUUUUUAAACAGAUGUAUGAUAAAGGUUUGGUUUAUAGAGGAUACAAAGUGAUGCCAUUCUCCACUGGCUGUCAUACUCCUCUCUCUAACUUUGAGGCUGGCCAGAAUUAUAAAGAUGUCAGUGAUCCUGCUGUUAUUGUUAAUUUUCCAUUGGAUGAAGAUCCAAGUGUCAGUGUAAUUGCAUGGACAACCACGCCAUGGACGCUACCCAGCAACCUAGCUCUGUGUGUCCAUCCUAACAUGAACUAUGUCAAAGUUAAAGACAAGUCAACAGACAGUGUAUACAUAAUGAUGGAAGACAGGCUUGAAGCGUUGUUCAAGACUCAAGAUGAGUACAUUGUCCUGGAGAAGAUGACUGGAGAGAGCCUAGAAGGAAAGAAGUACAAACCAUUGUUCCCUUACUUUGAGAGCAUGAAGACCAAUACUGAUAAUACAGGAGCAUUUAGAAUAUUGACUGACACAUAUGUAACAGCAGAGAGUGGUACAGGUGUGGUACAUCAGGCCCCUGGUUUUGGUGAGGAUGAUUUCAGGAUCUGUCUCCGGUAUGGCAUCUUUAAGAAAGGGAGUGCCGUUAUAUGCCCUGUUGAUCCUUCUGGCCAGUUUAUGCCUGAAGUGACCGACUUUGCUGGUCAGUAUGUAAAGGAUGCUGAUAAAGCUAUUACAAAGCUAUUGAAAGUGAAUGGUAGACUAGUGCAUCAAGGAACCAUCAAACAUAGUUAUCCUUUUUGCUGGAGGUCAGAGACCCCAUUGAUAUACAAAGCUGUUCCCUCCUGGUUUGUACGUGUAGAGUCUCUUAUUGAGAAGCUUUUAAAGAAUAACCAAAAGUGCUACUGGGUCCCUGAGUUUGUUAAAGACAAGAGAUUUCAUAAUUGGUUGAAAGAUGCCCGUGAUUGGGCUAUAUCAAGAAACAGGUACUGGGGCACGCCUAUACCUCUAUGGGUCUCUGAUGACUUUGAGGAGGUUGUAUGUAUAGGCAGCAUUGACGAGUUGGAAAAAUAUUCUGGAGUCAGAGUGACCGAUUUGCAUCGUGAAAAUGUUGAUGAUAUUACCAUUCCCUCGAUUCGUGGUAAAGGUGUCCUUAGACGCAUCACCGAAGUCUUUGAUUGCUGGUUUGAGAGUGGGAGCAUGCCUUAUGGUCAGAGUCAUUAUCCGUUUGAGAACAAGAAAGCGUUUGAUGCUAAUUUUCCGGCCGAUUUCAUUGCCGAGGGCAUCGAUCAGACUCGUGGCUGGUUCUAUACUCUACUAGUGGUUGCUACUGCUUUGUUUGAUAACCCGCCAUAUAAGAACCUCAUCAUUAAUGGAUUAGUCCUAGCAUCUAAUGGUCAGAAGAUGAGCAAGAGAUUAAAGAAUUAUCCUGAUCCGGUCGAAAUUGUCAAUAAAUUUGGAGCUGAUGCAUUGAGACUAUACCUCAUCAAUUCGCCAGUGGUUAGGGCGGAGUCACUCAAAUUUCAGGAGGGUGGAGUCAAGGAUGUUGUAAAGGAUGUGUUCUUACCCUGGUUCAAUGCUUAUAGGUUCUUCAUGCAAAAUGUGACAAGAUUAGAAAAGGAGGAAGGUGUAAAGUUUAUGUCAAGGCCUGGCUUCACUCCUAGCAAUGUUAUGGAUUGUUGGAUACUCUCAUUCACUCAAUCUCUUAACAUGUUUGUAAAAGAAGAAAUGAAAAUGUAUCGUUUAUACACAGUUGUUCCUAAGCUAUUAAAAUUCAUUGAUCAGUUGACUAACUGGUAUGUCAGGUUCAACAGGAAGAGGAUCAAGGGUGAUUUUGGACAUGAUGACUGCAUACAGUCAUUGGAUACACUCUUCACUGUCCUCUAUAAUAUGACUUUAAUGAUGGCUCCAUUCACUCCUUUCCUAACUGAGCACAUGUACCAGAGCUUACGUCAUUAUCUGCCGACUAACCUUGAUGACUCUAAUGCUAGUGUCCAUUAUAUGAUGAUACCCAAACCAAGAAAGGAUCUUGUUAAUAAAGAGAUAGAGGAGAGCCUCUCAUACAUGCAGAGGGUCAUUGAUCUGGCACGAUACAUCAGAGAAAGCAAAGUAUUACCAGUCAAGUACCCGCUACCGGAAGUUGUUGUGGUUCAUCGUGAUCCCGUCUGUCGUAAGCAGCUCCUAUCACUGAAGAGUUACAUACUGGAGGAGCUGAAUGUAAAGGAGCUCUCACUGGUAGAGGAUGAUAGUAAAUAUGGAGUCAAGCUUACUGCUGAGCCUGAUAAUGAUAGACUUGGGAAGAGAUUUAAAGCUGAAUUUAAGAAUAUUUCACCUGCUAUUAAAGCUUUGACUGAUAAGGAAUUGAGAGAGUUUCAAGAAACAGGGGAGCUGAGUGUAAUGGGCCAUUCAAUGAACAGAGAAGACAUACACUUGAUUUAUUCAGUUGAUGCUGCUCUGUCUCAAUAUCAUGCUCAGUCUGAUGGUGGCUUCCUUGUUCUCCUGGACAUUACUCCAUCACAGGAAAUGGUUGAUGAGGGCAUUGCUAGAGAAAUCAUUAAUAAAAUACAAAAACUGAGAAAAAAGGCUGGUCUUCAACCUUCAGAUCAAGUUGAUGUGUUGUAUAAAGUGACUGGUAGCCCUGAAGGAGAGGCCACACUACAGAGAGUUAUAUCAACACAUAAAGAUGCAAUACAGACCACCACCAAAGGCCCUCUAUUGUCUAAGACUGAUGAUAGAUCACUAAAUGGGCUAAUGGCUGAAGAAGAUCAGAAGAUGAAAGGAGUAUCUGGUGUUAGUCUUCACUUGUGGAUUCUUCCUCCUCUCUCUGUUGCUAGUAGCAGCAGUGGCCCCGCCCCCAAGUGUCGUUACAUCAAUCUUGAAGUGUAUUCUAAGUCGUUGCUGUAUCGAAAAAAUUUUAAGUCUAGUCUGUUUCUUGAGAACCCACAGGGAAAAAACUACCUCUCAUUCGAAGACCUUCAGUUUGAGGCUAAUCUUUUAUUGGGCAUUAGAGUCAGAAGGACACUAUUUUUGUACACCAAAUCCAAAGAGGGCAUAGUCAUUGAAGUCAAUGAAUCGACAGAUCUUUUGAGUCUUUCUGGCUCAACUAUUUUUAUUAGCGAUAAAGAAUUGUCUUGUACCGAUGUUGUCCUUCCUUCAGUAGUUGUAGGUCCUCCUUAUUCUCCAUUCAUUGAUAUUGGUUUGAAUGGGAAGAGCAGCAGUGGUAGUGCAUGGUUGGAAAAUCCCGUUGGUCAUCCCAUCUUUAAGAGCAAGGAUAGUGCUAAAACUGUUGCUUUGAAGCUACUCUCUUGAUCGAAUGGGAAAUGUUUAUACGUCAUCUUUUUUUUUCAGAGUUUUAACUGCUAAUAAUUGUGUGUAUUCAAUCUAUACUGUAAUGUAUUAGACCAAUGAAUAAUAAAAUGAGUGAA